UCAAAAAUCUAACCAAGCUGAGUAACAUUUUAUUCUUUUCCUUUCUCGCUCUUUACAGCAAUGGACGAUCAAGCACCGAUUUAUGGAAUAGACAAAGAGAUUCAGGCUAAAAUAGUUGGAAAAUACUCUUUGGAACGUGAGCAAGAGGCCAGAGCUUGGAUAGAAGACCUUAUUGGAGAAAAGUUUCCUUCAGAUGACUUUGCAGAAAGUCUAAAAGAUGGUGUUAUUCUAUGCAAAGUUAUUGGUAAAUUAAAGCCUGGUCAAGGCAAGUUUAAGCAGUCCAGGAUGCCCUUUGUUCAGAUGGAAAAUAUUUCUAUUUUCUUGAAAGGAGCAGAAGCAUUAGGUGUUCCCAAGCAUGACUUGUUUCAAACAAUUGAUUUAUAUGAAAAGAAGAAUAUGACUCAGGUUGUUGAUUCAAUCUAUGCUAUUUCCAGAUAUGGAUAUAAGGCGGGAACUUGUAGUAAUUACCUUGGACCAAAGCUUGCGGAUAAACAAAAACCAACGUACUCAGAAGAUGCCGCCAAGGCUGCUAAUGCAACCUUUAACACAUAUCAAUACGGGUAUACGGGUGGAGCAAAUCAAUCUGGUAUUAAUUUUGGGCAACGACGAGAUAUUGCUGGAAAGGACACUUCUCAAUAUAAAUAAACCUACCAAUGUGUUGUUUAUCUUGCACUGUUUAAGACCUAUCACUGCGUUCAAUCUGUUAAUCGAUAAAGAAGAAGGGGUCAAUUGAUAUCUUCUGAUUCAAUCCUUGUUCUCGGCUCUUUUUAUGUACAAGUCUUUUUUUAUAAUUACAAGCACCAUAGAAUAGAGAAAAGCGGAGGAGAUAUG